AUGUCUCAGCAUGUGGGACACGGGAGGAAACCCAGGACCCCAGGACCUCCUGUGCGCAGCAUCCGACCCUUCAAGUCCAGCGAGCAGUACCUGGAGGUCAUGAAGGAAGACCUGGCUGAGUGGCUUCGGGAUCUGUACGGGCUGGACAUUGACGCAGCCAACUUCCUGCGGGUGCUGGAGACUGGCCUGGUGUUGUGCCGGCAUGCCAACACCGUCACGGAGGCUGCUCUGGCUUUCCUGGCUGAGGCACCUGAGAGAGUUCAAAAGAUUCCCAUGCCCCAGGUUGGCGUUUUCUGCAAUGGGGCUGCUCAGCCGGGUACGUUCCAGGCCAGGGACAACAUCUCCAACUUUAUCCAGUGGUGUCGCAAGGAGAUGGGGAUCCAAGAGGUGCUGAUGUUCGAGACAGAGGACCUGGUACUACGCAAGAACGUCAAGAGCGUGGUAUUAUGUCUACUGGAGCUGGGUCGCCGCGCUUGGCGCUUUGGGGUGGCAGCGCCCUCCCUGGUGUAUCUGGAAGAGGAAAUUGAGGAGGAGCUGCGGCGCGACCUGGACCUGCCCUCCCCGGACCCGCCACCACCCGUACCCCCUGCCCGCAGGCCUUGCCACUUCCACAACCUGGACCAGAUGGUGCAGAGCCUUGUGAGCCACUGCACAUGCCCAGUGCAAUUCUCCAUGGUCAAGAUAUCUGAUGGCAAGUACAGAGUGGGGGACUCCAACACUCUCAUCUUCAUCCGGAUCCUCCGGAGCCACGUGAUGGUACGUGUUGGGGGUGGCUGGGACACGCUGGGUCAUUAUCUGGAUAAACAUGACCCCUGCCGGUGCACAUCCCUCUCCCACAAACCAGGCAGCUUCCUGAAGCCUCCAGGACCACCGGUGCAGCAUGAAGUGAAGGUACAGGAUGGGCCUUCACAGCCCCAGCCUCUGAUGACCAUCAGCCGCUCACAGAGCCCACUGCCUCCAGUGGACUGGAAGACAUACACCUCUUCCAGCCGAAAACUGAGGCCUCCCACUCCCUCUUCUUCUGGACCCCGUAGUGAAUUCCCAGCGAGGGCCAGAACCCCUAGAGAGAUGGCUCCAUUCCUGAGGUCCCAAGAAAAACCAACUCUGUCUCAGAGGAUGUCAUCACCUGGUCCCCAACUAUCAUCUCCUUGUAGGGGACCAGACCUACAGAGUACCCUAUCAGAAAGGAGAGUAAAUAGAAGCCCAGGUGAACUGCCCAGAGGAAGGACACCCACGUCUUGGGUUCCCAAGGAAGCAGACAGUCAAGGAGCACACACCAAGGCUCCCAUACCCCAGAGGCUCCAAAUCCCUGAGACCACCAGUAAAAAGACACCAGCAAGAGGACCAUCUCCCCCACCUCGUUCCUCCAGCCUAGCCAGUCCUCACACUAUCUGGCUCCCCGACCAGGGAGCCUCCCCAGAGAUUAGUGAACCCAUGUCUGCUCAAUCUUCAUCCCCUGGCAAAGGGCUCACCAAGAUCCCUAUUCGGCUGUCCCCUGCCCGACCCCCAACUCCAGGAAGAGGCUCUUUGGGUACUGAAGGUGGAGGCUCCAUGCAGAGAGGUUCCCUCUCAUCGAGGGCCCUUGCAGGGAAUCUGGAUAGAUCUACACAUGGGCAUCAUUCUGUGGACGUAAGCAAGGACCACCAGAAAGUCAUACAGAUUUCUUCAGGGACUGAAGAUCCCAGGAGCUUGGGUACACAGGAACGGAAAGAGAGAUACACCUCUCUGCCCCUGGGCAGGACCAGAGAGCCAGCCCUCUAUGAUAACCUUAAAGAGGAGCUUGUGGCCAACAUGAAACUGCUGGAGGUGGGGGCUGCCUGCACUCAGGGUACAAGGUCUCAAGCCAUCCCUCGAAGUGGGGUCUAUGUCCCCAGCCUGGGUGGGAUGUGGCCUGAGCCUAGGGGUCCUUAUGAUAAAGUCAUCCAGGAACUGGUUCAGGGUCCUCCACGCCUCCUAAAAGUGGAUCUGAAAGCCUGGAAGGUAGGAUCUGAAUGCCUCCCUAGGCCAAUUGUGAACCCAGGAAGCCCCAAAGAGGAGCAAGUUUCCAGAGAGAGGGGAACAAGGAGAAAGGCACGCCCAAGUGCCCAGGGUACCACGGUGAAGACCACGUCACCUGCAAGAGGGCAGGACUGCUCAACCUUGCCUGUAUCUGCCAACCUGAAAGCUCCCACACAUUCAUGUUCAGACCCCAGUUCUGAUAAAGCCAAGGUAUGUCUGGGCAAGGGCAAAAGAACUCUCCGGAAACCCCAGAAGGUCCCAUCCAUUUACAAGCUGAAGCUGAGACCCCGAAUCCGGCCCCGUAGAGACCACAGGCCCGAAAAGAGACCUUCCAGGAUUCCCAAGCCACUGGUUUACCCCUUCCUUGGUCCAGCCAGGACAGCUCCUGGAAGCAGGCUCUUAAAAGCUACAUUAGGUGGCACAGGAGGGGAUGUGAAUGGAGUAGGUAAAAAGGAGGAAGAGAAAAAGAAAGAAACCAGCAUCUCAUUGGAGAGCAGCAUCCAGCCUUCAGAGAGCCGGGAGCCUAUGCAGCUUGAUGGAACCCCACUUCCACCGGAGGAGGAAUCUUGGGUCUGAAGAGCCUCAAAUCAGGACGAGCACAGCAAAAACACAUGCAGUGCAGCAGUGUGUGUGUGAGAAAGUACAGUCCCUCACUCAGCACAGUGUCUCGGCCAGGAAUAGGUCCUAAGACCCCAUCAGUUGUGCAAAAGGGCAGCCCAUACCUCUCAUUGCAAGCCAGUAUCAAGCCAGGGGUGAUAGAGCCCAUCUUAUCAUUGCCACCAAGAACAGCUCCUCAGCCUCUGAGCAUUUCCACAGCCGUCAGUUAUUAGACAUAUGUGCGUCUCAGCUUUUGGGAUCUUUCCCCCAAGACUGCAGAAGAGUAGAGAGGUGCAAAUCCAAACAUGGUCUCUGCUGGAGGCGAUGGGGACAAAGUGGGGUGAGCUGUCAGCAAGCGAAGCUUCCUUAUCAGUUCGGUGCUCAGGACCUUGGACAGCGACAGGGCAGCUCCGCACAGGUUCCCGAAAGCUGGCUGGUCGGCAGCCUUGGACUUGGACAAUCUUUGAAGAUUUGCCUCUGGUUCUGAGAACAGGGAUGGCUCAGGAUGAC